UCGGACUAUAACCUGGUGGUGUGAUUUUUUUUAACGUUAAAAAUAAAAUGUUCAAUGUUUAAGUUCUUGCUGGAUCUCUGCAAUGCAGAUGCUACUGGAUACUGCACUGGCCCAAACUCCACUCUGUGGUCGCCGUGAGUCUAGUUUUGGCCCACCUCUCUCUUGCAGCUGCUGCCAAUAUCGCAGGAUCUUGUACCUGCUUCUGCUGCCACCACCUUCAUGAAUCUGCAUUGGAUACAGAUGGCAGUAGGUAGCCCAAUUCCCCUCUAUCGCUGUAACCAUGAGUCAGUGCUCGAACUGCCCCAUCCAUUGUACGUGUAGAUCUUCCAAAUAUUUGUUCUCACUACAACUCGGUGUUACUUUGUCUUUUCUACUCCCGUCAAUGUGCCAUUUUCUAACUGCUUAUGCUUGUACUGUUUAUUUUCAUCCAUGUAUUGUAGCUACAUGAUGGCACUUGCUUUCCCAUAAGGCUAGAACAGAAAAUUUUAAACAGCCCAAGCUUUUGCAAACAUUAUACCUAUAAUUAAUGUCUUUGCUCUUUCAUUAAAGAAUAUGCCUAUUCCUUGAGCGUCCAAAUACAAAUCUUAAAAAACAUUGAGAACCUGCAACUACAGAUCAGGAAUUAACUAAAAUAAUGGACGCAGUAGCUAGAAAAGUGUUGGAAUUUGAAAGAGGAAAAUCUGCACGGCUGCGGCAGCUUAUACAAGCAUAAUACUGCAAAGAACAAUGGGAAUAACAGAGUCACAUAUGCUGAAUCAAAGCUGCAUUUGAACAGACGCAGUGCUCAGCAAAGUUACAGUCAUACAGCAUGGAAACAUAUCCUUCAGUCCACACUGAACAUGUUCACAAACUAAACUAGCCCCACCUGCCCGUGCUUGACCCAAAUCCUUCCAAACCUUUCCUGUUCUAAACGUCAUUUAAAUUUUGCAACUGUACCUUUAUCCACCUUUUCUCUGGCAAUUUAUUCUACACACCACUGUGAAAAAGUUGCCUCUCAUGUUCUUUUUAAAUCUUUCUCCUCUCACCUUAAAAAUAUGCACACGUGCCUGGAAAUCUCAUCCUUGGGGGGGGGGGGGAGAGAAACACCCUUGUAUCACACAAGUGCUAAGCAAUAACCAUCUCCAACAGGAGAAUAUCGUCCCGUUGACGGUUAAUAGCAAUACUAUUGUUGAAUUCCCCCACUAUGAAUACAAUGGGGAUUACAACUGACCAGAAACUGAAUUAGACGAGCUAUGUAAACAGUGCAGCUUCAAGAGUAAGUGCACUGUGGUGAUUCAAGGAGGCAGCUCACCAUCACCUAAUAGCAAAGGCCACCAGGAAUGUGCAAUAAAUGCUCAUACACACCACUGAACGAUUAUUUGAUUUUAAAAACAUGAAAAAGGAGAAGUUAGGUCAUUCAACCACUGGAUAAAAUUAGUUUCCAAAAUAGAAACCCAUGGCACAUGCAAAUUACAACUAAUAACGUUGUCAACGCAGCAUAUUCUUUCAUAAAGACUGCUCCCAGAUACUAUACUGCCUUGGUCUCCAGAUCCCACAGUUUGAUACCGCUGUCUGCUAAUAGCAACAUCUUUCUAUCCGGGCUGAGACAAAGACAACGGAUGCUGCAUUUUUCGGCUUUCCAUUUGCAUUUUGUCAGAAAAGUGGUCUCCUAGAUCUCUUGUUUCUACUAGAUCAGAAAAUGCUAUAUGAGCACAGUUUACCUGACCUCAGCGACCUUUAAGUGUAAAUAACCAAUGGUUUUCAUUUGCCGUAUAGUUGUAUUUUGGCUUUCUGGGACAGAAUGAGCGCUGCCUCAUGCUCUUGCCUGUGGGAUGGUUUCCUUCGUUAAAAACCCCGGUCUUAUAUGACUGAUAGUGGUUCGAGUAGUUCUUGAUUUCACCUGGAUGUUAUAUCCCCAGGAGAAACCCCAUGGGAGGUACAACGACGAAGAGAAAAAUACAAAUUAUUAGUUAAUUUCCAGGUCGAAUGGGAGAAGCAGUGAAACGAGAAGUCAAGGUAUAUUUUUAAGCAUUCGAAAGAGGAAUAGCUCACAACGCAAUCUUAUGCGUAUUAUCUCACAAUCUCCGUCCCGAGAGCUGUUCAAUCAGAGCCACGACCGCACUGUCUCUCCACAGAAUAACCCAAUCAAGAUUGAAAUGAACGGACCUGUCCUCUGAAUGGUUCUGCUCUCAUCGUGUAAAGAUUAACAGUGAAGGUUAAUAGGACUACGAGGGCCAUCGAAAAUAAUCAUAAUAGCAUCAGUCAACGGUUUUGGAACAGCAUCCUCAAACAUUUAAUGCCGAAUUCAAGCAAGAAGGAUUGAAAAUGCAGCAGGAUUCUGAAGACUCUUUGGUAGACUCAUUGAAGAACUGUGGAAUCGGAGCUACCUCUAGCUGUCUUGCUACAUUUCUGACGUUUCCAAUUCACAAAACAAUUUUUAGACAGCAAAUCCAUGGUUUUAUUAUCCGAAAAGCUGUCACUCAACUCUGUCAAGAAGGCCUCAUCAAGUUUUACAGAGGAAUUCUUCCUCCACUCCUAGCCAAGACCAUCCAAGGUACCUUGCUAUUUGGCGUUUACGGUAGCCUCAUUAGAAAUAUCGCGACGGAGGAUGCACAUUUGUUACAUCGCUGCAUUGCAGGAACCCUAUCUGGAAUCAUUGAAGCAUUGGUCUUGACCCCAUUUGAACGUGUCCAAAAUGUCCUUCAGGACCACAGGAAAGAUGUGAAAUUUCCCAAUACCCAGAGUAUCCUAAAGGAGUUUAAUUCUUACAGCUUUAAGGAUACGUUACAACUUGGGUACUAUCGAGGCUUCCUCCCCAUUCUGCUGCGGAACGGAACAGGCAGUGCCCUUUAUUUUUCUUUCAAAGACCCAAUUAAGAAUUUAUUCUUGGAUCAAGGUGUUCCUAGUGGCAUUUCUGCUUUUGUUUCUGGGAGUUUCAAUGGAAUGAUGGUAUGUAUCAUCCUCUAUCCACUUAGUGCGGUGAUUGCAAAUGUGCAAUCACAUGUUGGAGAAGAGAAAACGAGCCUUUGGAAUUUCAUUGCAAAGUUCUGGGUAUCCCGUGCCCGUAGCCUAUUGUACAUAUACAGAGGUGGUUCUCUGGUCAUACUGAGGUCCUGCAUAACCUGGGGAAUAACUACUACUAUUUAUGAAUUUUUAAAGGCUUCACAAUAGUCUACAAAUCUUUCUGAAAAACUGAGUAAGCCAUACAUUUUUCAGGAUUUGCAGACUAUCAUAGAAACAUAUAGAAGAUAGGAGCAGAAGGAGGCCAUUGGCUCUUCCGAGCCUGCUCCACCAUUCAUCGUGAUCAUGGCCGAUUGUCCAACAUGAUAGCUUAAUCCUGCUUUCUCCCCAUAACCUUUGAUCCCAUUCAGCCCAAGUGUUAUAUCUAACCGCCUCUUGAAUACAUACAAUGUAUUGGCAUCAACAACUUCCUGUGGUAAUGAAGUCCACAGGCUCACCACUCUUUGGGUGAAGAAGUGGCUCCUCAACUCUGUCCUAAAUGGACCACCCAGAAUCCUCGAUGUAAAUAUAAGGAAUUGUGUAACAACGUUUAGAAACGACAGUCACAAAGUGUCGUAAUUUGCUCAAUGAGAGUAAGAUAUUACUGCUCCUUAAUUCCGAAGAACAGUCAUAUUAGACUCAUGAUGUUCGAUUGGUUGAUUGGCAGCAUCUGUCGAGAAAAAUCAAGAGUUAACGUUUUGGAUCCAGCGAUCCUUCCUCAGAACUGAUGGUAGC